AAGCGGUUCUGCAAUGAAUAAACUGGACAAUGUAACUGGAUACAACGACAAACUCGUUCUUGAGGUAUGGACCCUGACUAAUGAGGUAGACGAUCUAAAGAAGAGAACUGUGACUUCUGCAACUAAGAUCAAUGAGCUCCAAAAGUUGCUGGACGAGAAGAUCAAAGAACUGGCAAAGAAAACACAGGAACUAGAGGAUAAUGCUCCUCAACCAGAGAACGUUCUAAGGAUCAUUGCAAUACAGAAUGAGAUCUUGAACCUGCAGAAAGGAGUUAGCAAUGGGAUAAACUUUGACCAGAUUGCUGCACUUGAGAAUGAACUGGAUGCAUUGAUUGCCACAAUCGAGGAGAAGAACAAUGGCAACUGUAAACAGAUUCUGCAGAUCAUUGCACUCCAAAAUCAAGUGACAAGAUUGCAGAGGCAAGAGUUAGAGUUAAAUCAGUCAUCUGAGGCCAAGAUUGCUGAGCUAAAGAAUCAGCUACAGGAGACGAGAGACCAGCUGAAUGAAAAGAGAAACGAGCUGAAAGAAACUGACAGUAGAAUUCCACAACUCAUUGCAGAGACCAUGGGACUUCGUAACAAACUGACAGAGUUAGAAAGAACAUUAUCAGAGCUCAAACGGACAAGUGCUGACAAGAUGGAAGAUCUACAGAGUCUACUGAAGCAGAAGAGCAAGCAACGAAGAAAACACUACACAACUGAGGACUGUAGAUGCCAAAAAUGCAGAACAGAUUCUGAAGAUCAUUGAACUACAGAAACAAAU